AGGGGAACCAGCAGCUUUCAGGAGACUUUGCUUCUGCCACAUAACCACAACAAAAGUCCUCCUGAUAUACUCAGCAGCAACCAUCACAGCACCCUUCGCUACUGAACCGGACUUUAUUGUUCUGAGGAUUUUUAAUAGAGGGUGGUCGCAGCUGCAAGCAGCAGUAAUCGCCUCCUAAGCUGAGAGUUUGCUGGUUAAAGCUGGAGAUCCGAUGGCUUUCAGUAACAGUCAUUUCUUACAAAAUUGCUGUUACCAUGAAAACUCCUUCAGCGUUAAAGCAACGAAGCACCAUAAAGCGGUAGGAAAUGAGCAUUAAAUGAGGGAAGUAAAACAGUGCCAAGCACUGCCUGUCAGUGCUACCGUGCACGUUACUUUUCUGAAAGCACUCCAAAUCAGCAGCUAAAAGAAAAUGCUAGGAGAGAAAGAGCUUUGAAAGUGCAAAUAAUUGCAGGUAUCAAUAUACGUAACAACACUGGAGAUACAAUAAGUCUCGAAAUGGACAAGCUGGGAAAGUGUUCUGGAUUCAGGAGAAAUAACUUGGUUCGGUCUUGGCAACCAGCAACCACACCUGUGGGGCAACCAGCCUCAGCUCCAUCUGUGUCUCUCGGCAGCACCCAACCCAGAAGAGCUGUCGUUGCACAACCGGCUACUCGGGCCCGGGCAGCCGAGCAGGCAGCACUGCAGCAGGACCAGGUUCAACAGGAUAGGAUCUGGAGAGAGGCUGUGGAGGCUGAACAGAAAGGAAGGAAAAUCUGGUACCAGAACUGGAGCUUCCUAAAGGACUAUGACCAAAUGGGUAAUAAAAAGGAGCAGAAGCCACUGCCAAGCUAUAUGCCUGUGUUCUCAAGCAAAGUUCCCAACUCAACCAACCAAAUGAUUGGCAGUCGAAUGGACUCUGAACUUGGCAGGGCUCUGGUAAACAUGGAUUACUUCUUCAAUAGUGGAACACGAAAGAGGAAACUUGAGGGUGAGCUCCAGCCUUCCUAGUGCUUCAGUAAAAAUAGAACAGUAACAAAGCAGGUUGAACGGUUCUAGCCAACAGACUCCACAGCGUGUAAAAAAAUUCCUCAGUCUUUUUCUCAGAGAGACCAAUACUACUGUCUAGCAUGGAUUUUAUUUCAAGAGCAAAGAUGGAUGUUGUCCAACAAUGCUGUAGGAGACAAUCCUCUUUGUAUUUGGGGUGACUGACAUUCAAAACCCGCCUGGACAUGUUCCUGUGUAACCUGCUCUAGGUGACCCUGCUCUGGCAGGGGGGUUGGACUAGAUGAUCUCCAGAGGUCCCUUCCAACCCUAUGAUUCUAUGAUUCUAUGACUGGGCCAUAUACAGAGAGUUAGCGUGACAGAUCUCAUCCAUCUUCCCAUGCACGUCUACAGUAAGGUUGCAACUAACAUCAGAAAGAUUACAGCCAAAAGACAAUUUCUUCAUGAAUUUUUAUCUCCUGAAAAUAAACAAUUAAUGGAGACCCGCUCAGAUGAGUCCCAACAACAUAUUUUCAGUUCUGAAAGUCAGCCCAAUAAAAUGCAGCACCUCAUUGCAUUUCAUGUAGUUAGCCAAGGAUUCAUCAACCUCUGUCAUCUGCAUGUUUAAGCUUGCUCUAAAGAAUAAAAUUUAAGGCACGUGAGAUGUGUUCUGUGCUUUUUCACCCUGCCCUGCUGAGGGAGGGAGAACUGAUAUUUUUUCACACAAGUUUCCAUUUUUCUGACUUUAGAUUUACUGCUCUCAAAUUCCCCUCUCUUACUCUUCUUUUCUGGUUUAGUUGAUGGAAACUCAUUGACAAGGAAGCAAGCUUUCACAUUUUGCUCUGAAGGGCAUUAGCUCAACAACCUCUCUUACACUUAGGAUCAUUGACCUUGAAUUUAACUGGUUCAUAGCUCCUAAAAUCUGUGGUUGCCCAGGGAAACCAUCAUCAAGCUAAAUCAACACAAUACUUAAAGUCUGUUCACUAGUGCAUCUUCAUUACAUAGAUGCAAACUUUAUGACCUGCUGUUCUGUAGAGAAAAAGCCGUAGAGGAUGGACUGUACAUACAUUAUCUGCCUUUUGAACCGUAUGUAGCUUCUGUAGGGCUAUGCUCAGCCCUAGGUGCAGAUAACAUAGAAGCCAUUAGCAUUGCCUUGAUACAGCAGGCUGCAAUCCCUCACCAGACUGAGGUGGAGAUGUGUAUACUUAUGCUUUGCAACUAAGGCUAUUUUUACAAUUAGACUUCAACAGCAGAAGGCAGUUCAAAAGCACAAGAGUGGUAUGGACCAGCGUGAUCACUGUCAACAUCCAUGUGGUGUCUGGAAAACCCUAAAGACACUGUGGAAAGAAGAGCCAAAUCCCACUCACUGAAGUCAUGGCACCAAGCAGUUCUCCUCCUGGCUUCCUCAACGCAGUGAGAAGUGGAGGAUUAAGGCUUUCAAGAUGACAGCUAAGCUACCUAGAGAAGAAGGAUGACCACAUCCUGCAACCAGCCCAGGCGAGGAGGUCUGAUUCCACUCUGUGCAGACAUGAGUUCUGGUGGACAACUGCGUUCAGACACGCCAAAUGGGAACCUACUUUUCAAAAAAGACAACUUCUUGUUCAGCCAAAAUGCCUUCUGAUCUCUCUUCUGAGCAGAAAACUGCACCAGGAACUGAUUUGUCUUCCAACAUCUAAAAGAGGGAGAGGAGAGAGCAGACCAAACCUUUCCUUGUCCCUGUGUUGUCCAGAGCUGCUUCCAAAAACUGCAGAGGCCACUCAGAGGCUAAAUAUUUAUUGGUGAUUGCGUAAUACUGAAAAGUCAUUACACUAGCAUGCCUUACCAGAGACAUACUGAGCAGCCUCAACUCUUGCUACGGGUCACAGACUAUACGGAGUGGCAGAUGCUCAGUAUCUGUUAGGCUCAAGCUCCUAUUCAUGUAAGAACAUUUGAUUUAUAAAGCAUAGGGAUUUUGUUUUUCGGCAUGAAAGCAUACAAAUCUCCGUGUUUCCUAACCUCCAGAUGGCACUCACUCCACACCAAGUAAUCCACUGAAAACAAUGCUAAGUUAUAGCAAGGCAGUGUUACACAAUUCCUUUUUCAUUUCAAGGGACGUUAAAUAAUUCCAAGUUCUUGAUGACUCUUUACUGUCUGUGAAUCCAGUGAAUCCCUCUACCAGAAGAGUGCCAGCAAACUCAAACUGGAGUGGAUGGGAAGGAGGAUAGUCUAAGCAGUGCAUGUCUUGUUUUGGACAAGACCUUCCAUGUCUUACCCUGAAGGUGUGGGCCACUAAGCAGAGCCUAGAGAAGCAACGAUGGUAACUGGAGUACAGGAAGGUAGUGCUUAUGAGGAAAGAUUAAAAAGACUGUUAAAAUUUAACCUGAAGAAGAAAAUUAAGUUUGCAAAGAGGAUAGCAAUCUUUAGAUACAUAUACAGCUCUGGAACGAGAAAAGGAAUCAUCUGUACUUCACGUGAGUGGCAGGCAAGAGUGAAAAUAACAGGUUUAAAUUCCAGCACAGAAGAAUCCUGUUAACUUUUUGGGAAGUUAGUGGUAAGGCUAACACAGCACUGGAAUAGUUUCCUUGAGGGAUCUCCACCUUUGAAGGUUAAACACACACAUCCAUCAAAAAUGACAAAUUUAAUGGGGUUUGCCUUUUAGUGUAUAAAUUUAAUGAUAAUCUGAAAAGCUUUCCACCAGUUCUCUGAUCUACACCAGAGUUGCUGGAAUCAGAACACACUUUGCAAAUGUGACUUUUCAAGCACAUUCAAAAAGAAUUUUAAAAAAUCCCAUUUCAAUCACACCAGGCUUAGAUAGAUUACAUCUCUAAAAUACAGAUUAAUCACCUAUUUUUUUUAUAGAAAAUAUAUUUCUAAUUCUUCUAACUACUCAUCUAGAAAAUGUUUUUCACGAAGUCUAGAUGUGUCUCUUUUAAUCACGCACAUCUGAGAGUGUGACUGACUAGUGCCCUCCCGACAGCCGCGUAAGAACCCAUCUCAAACAGCACAUUCAUGUCAUUAUGUCAUGUGUAUGGAUGGAGAUGAUAGCUAAUUUUCUUUCAACAAUUUCAG